AUGAAAUCUACUAUCAAGAGUAAACUAGGGGCUUCAAGAACAGGGAAGACUUUCAAGACUACCAAGGUUGGGAUCAUAGACGAAGACUCCAAGCCUUCCUCCAAUCCAGUCGUGUACUUUGACAAGUUGCCAGAUCCAUACAAUUUUAUUAACAAAUGUCUCGAGAAUAUGAUUUUGAAGAAUGCUUUUGAGAAAAUACUAGCAAUAGAGAAGAAAAAGCUCAGUCCUGAGUAUGAAGGGUUCCUUAAAACUAUCUAUUCUACUGGGUUUGUAGAUGUAAAUGGAAUCACAGCUAUCAAGUCCCUCCAGACAGCCCAAUUGAGCACAAAUAAGGUCAUUAUUGGGGACAAAAAUGGUCUAAUUCACUUACUUGAUACUCAAAGAAAGAUAGUUCCUGGAGAAUUGGAGCUAUUCCAGGGAAAUCGCAUUACUAAUAUUGAUAGCUGUUCGAUCCCAUGGCUCGAAACUCAUCUCUCAACUAUAGCUGUGAUUUCAAGAGGAAGUCCAGAAAUUAAAAUUGUUAUGAACAAAAUCUCUGAGAACAAACUGUUUCAUCUCUACACAAUCAAAGGUCUGAGUCAGAACUUAUCGGAAGGAGAUGAGAUCACUGCAGAGACAAGCUAUCUCGACUUCCCUUGAAAAGUUAAGCUAUCGAAGGAAGGACAAUUUUUACUGGUUACUACUUAUGAAGGAAAAGUACACUUAUUGAAACUUCCUGAUCCAAUUAACCCUAUCCAGAUAGAGGAGCAAGAGAAGAAAGAGGAUAAGGAAAUGCCUCCUGGAACAACGCCUCCUCCUGAGCCCACUGUGAAUAACUUCAUUAAGCCUGAUCUUGAAAAGAUCGAGCAUCAAGAUUUACAAUUUAGUGAUCUUCUUCAGUUCACUGUGGAUGCUAAACCAAUACCAAAGCAGUUUGUAGACCCCUUUGAACCAAAAGAUGAACCAGAAGAGGAAGAAGAGCCAGUCAACGAGAAGCCAGCUAAGGGCAAAAAGGCAGCUAAAGAGCCUCCAAAAGAACCUGAGCUGGAGGAAGAGCCAGAGCAGGCUGAGAACGGCCCAAAAUAUGAGUAUAAGCUUGGCAAGAAGUUCGUUGAUGGUGAGAAAGGAGAUGCUAGUAUCCUCUGUCGUAGCAAAGGGCCUAUCCCACAUGCAUACUUUGUUCGAUCUCUCUUCUGUACUCAAGUGGGAUCUUCAAACAGCAGGCAGUACAUCAAAACUAUGAUAACUACUGGUUUUGUAGUCGCUUACGAAAAGCUUAACCUUGUAGAAGUUUACCCAAUUCAGGAAUGUAAGAAGGAAAAUAUCCCUAAGGAUCUGACCUACGAUAAAUUCCAGAAAGAAUUCAACCGCAAAAGAGCAGAGGAGAAAAAGAAGAAGGAAAAUACUCUUGCCACAUUGAUAAAGACAGCUAGGGAUGAUCUCAAGGCGCAAGAAGAAGAGAAGGCUAAAGAUGUAGAAGAAAAUAAAGAAGAAGACGAGAAGAACAAGCCUGUUCUAACCUUCAUCUCUUUAUUCAACAUCAGCUCUGCAGAGUACCUCGAUAAUGCUGAGAACGCUCAGUACCUAGCAAUAGGGAUGGUCAAUGGAGGGGCUAUUAUCUACGACCUAUGUUUAGGAGUUGAGAAAUUAGUCCUCGAAUGCCACGGAGGCCCUGUAACUUCCCUAUCCUUCUUCAAAGAUAAGAGUAUAAUCACAGGUAGCACCUUCGGCUCUGUGUAUAUCCAUAGCCUUAAUGAAGGAGAGGGCGAGAAAAGUCUAAAGUUUAGCCAAUCCAACUGCAUGGAUGAGUACAUCCCUGUUGCUAAAGUGAUGGCCACCGAAUACGGCAUCGGAAUCGCACUUGACGUCAUGGGUAAUAUCAGACUUUACGAUCUGAUCAGGUUCAAGAAAAUUUCUAAAGUCAAAGACAGAAAACCACAAGACGAAUUUGCUGAAAAACUGGGUGAGGUAGACCUCACUUCAGCCUUCAGGGUAUUCCCAAAUGUCUGCCUCGAAGUGAAUGGAGAGCAUAUUAUUAUAGUCGAUAACUCACAAGAAUUUUUACAACCGAAGGAAGAAGAUCAGCCCCAAGAUGAGGUACAGGAGGAAGAUCCCAAGAAGAAAGGCAAAGCUGCUGAAGAAGAGCCUGAAGAGGUCAAAGAGCCAGAGGAAAUCAAAACUAUCACUGAUUUCCAAAUUCUUAAGGAUAAUGAGUAUGAAUAUGACUCAAAUAAGGUCAGAACGACAAUGAAGUCACCUAAUAAGCUUGUUGAAGAGCUGGAAGAGCAGACUUACUUCAUCAUGAGUGAUAGUACUAUCUGUAUCUACCGUCUUGAAGACGUAGUUUUCUCAAUUUACCCUCACCUUGCUGGCAUCAGAAGAAGAGGUAUUAAUACCAAAGAAGUCUUUGCAAGGGAGGAUCCAGAUAAGAUGGCAUCAGCUAAAGGCUCUAAAGAAGCAGAACAAUCAAAUCUGCAAGCUCCAUACGCUGGAGAGCAGCAAAAGAGUCUUCACAGCAAGAGAACUUUAAAGAGCAAUUCCUCUGUUCAUUCUGGAAAAUCAGGUUAUGGUAAUGAUAGUCAAGGAUUUGACCCAAAUGUAAUUGCUAACUUCGCAGUUAAAAAGACUCCUAGCGCUCUUGGAAACCAGAAAAGGAGCGAUGAAUCGAACAAGAGCAAAGGUAGUUUGCUAAACGAUUCUCAGCACAAUUAUGGGGUACCAACACUAGAGAUUCUCAACCCUGAGUUAUACAAAGAUAAAGCCAAGAAUGCUAAAGUAGUCAAGGAUUUCCAAUAUGAAUCUGUUAAAAAUAUCAAAGAGAGAUACAGUUACCACGAACUUAGGGUCCAAAGAGCCAAUAAGAGAAGUCAAGAGAUCCAAAAGGAGCUUGAAGCAAAAAGAGAGGAAGAAAUUAUGAACAAGAGAAAAAGAAGACUCAUUAAAACAUAA